AAUUGUGAUCAUGGCUGCUGAGUCUGAUGUUCUACACUUCCAGUUUGAACAGCAGGGAGAUAUGGUCUUGCAGAAAAUGAAUCUCUUGAGACAACAGAAUUUAUUUUGUGAUGUAUCAAUUUAUAUUAAUGAUACUGAGUUCCAAGGGCACAAGGUGAUUUUGGCUGCUUGCUCCACUUUCAUGAGAGAUCAGUUUUUACUCACACAGUCAAAACAUGUCAGAAUCACCAUUCUGCAGAUUACUGAAGUUGGCAGAAAAUUGUUGCUCUCUUGCUACACCGGAGCACUUGAAGUUAAAAGGAAAGAGCUUUUAAAAUAUUUGACAGCUGCCAGUUACCUCCAAAUGGUUCACAUUGUGCAAAAGUGCACAGAAGCUUUAUCAAAGUAUCUGGAAGUUGAUCUUUCUAUGAAAAAUAACCAACAAUACACUGACCUGUGUCAAUCUUCUGAUCCAGAUGUUAAGAAUGAAGAAGAAAAUUCUGAUAAAGACUGGGAGAUCAUAGAAAUUUCAGAAGAUAGUCCUGUAAACAUGGAUUUCCAUGUUAAAGAAGAGGAAAGCAAUGCUUUACAGUCUAUGGUAGAGAGCUUGACAUCAGAGGGAAAGGAAAUAAACUCACCAGAUCUCUCGACGGAAGAUACAGGUUUUAAAGAGAAUGAAAUUUGUAUCCUUCAUGUAGAAUCUAUCAGUACAGCUGGUAUAGAAAAUGGACAAUUUUCACAGCCUUGUACCUCAUCAAAUGCAAGCAUGUAUUUCUCUGAAACACAACAUUCAUUGAUCAAUUCUACAGUUGAGAGCAGAGUGGCAGAAGUUCCUGGGAAUCAAGAUCAGAGGUUAUUUUGUGAGAAUACCGAUGCACAUCCUGGUACAGUGAAUGAGACUCAGAAUCUGCAUGAAAGUUUCUCACUGAGGCACCAAUGUCCCAGGUGUCCUAGGGACUUUCUUCAUGGUGAAAACUAUCUUCACCACCUCAAGAUGUAUAAACUGUUUUUAUGCUUACAGUGUGGGAAAACAUUUACACAGAAGAAAAAUCUCAACCGGCACAUUCGAGGACACAUGGGCAUACGGCCCUUUCAGUGUAGCAUGUGCUUGAAGACUUUUACUGCUAAAAGUACACUUCAGGACCAUUUGAACAUACACAGUGGAGAUCGGCCAUAUAAAUGCCACUGUUGUGAUAUGGAUUUCAAGCACAAGUCUGCUCUCAAAAAGCAUUUAACCUCUGUUCAUGGCAGAAGUGGUGGUGAAAAACUGCCUAGGCCUGAUCUCAAAAGGCAGAAUGUUUUAUAAUUGAAAUCAGACUUG